AUGAUGGAGCGACAAAGGGACAGAGAUGGAGAUGAUAAAUAUAAGAGAAGAAGAGAUGAUGAUAGAUACAGGAGUGAAAGAGACAGUCAAGAUAGGAGGCUCAACAAUAAGAGUGAUGAAGAAGAUGCAGAUGGUAGGAGGGGACGAGAUAGGAACAAGGAAAUUGUUAAGGAUAGGAACAGGAAUAGGAGUGAUGAUGAAGAUGCAAAUGAUAGGAGGAGAAGAGAUAGGAGGCGUGGUGAUGAUUAUGCUAAUGAUAGGAGGAGGAGAAGAGAUGACUGGAGUGACAAUGAAGAUAAAAAUGAUAAAAGGAGAGACAAAAAGAAAGAUAAAGGUAGGGAUGAGGAAGAUGAUAAUGACAGGAGAAGAGGAAGGAGGGAUGAUGCUGAUGAAGAUGGUAAUGAUAGGAGGAACAAGGAAAGGAAUGAAGAUAGGAGGAAAAGAGGUAGGAGCAAGGACAUAAGGAGUGAUGAUGAGGAUGGACAUGAUAAGAACAACAGAAACAAGAAAAGAAUUGAUGAUCAAAGUGAUGAAGAAGUUGGUGAAAUCAGGAUAACAGGGAAAAAGAAUGAGGACAUAAGUGAUGAAGAAGAUGGUGAGAUCAGGAAAAGUGGUAGAAAAGGGAAGUAUGAUGAUACGAGUGAUAAGGAAAUUGGUGAAAUCAGGAAGAGAGGGAGAAAGGGUAAGGAUAAAAGGAGUGAUGAUGAAGAUGAUAAAUACAAAAGGAGAAGGAAUAGGAACAAAGAUGAAAAGAAUGAUGAUGAAGAUGACAGGAGACAAGAUUAUAAAAGGGACAGAAAGAGGAAUGGUGAUCAUAAAGAUAGAAGAAGAACUGAUGAUGAUGAUGUGUCAAAGCAUAAAGGGGAUGAAAAUGGGGAUAAAGAAAAACCUGAUGAAGGCCCAAGAUUCCAAAAGCUAGCUGAUUUGCAAGAAGGCAUGACUAAUUUAGGAAAGAGUGGAGGGGUGUAUAUUCCACCAUUUAAGUUGGCUCGUAUGAUGAGUGAAUUUCAAGAUAAAAGCAGUAUGGAAUAUCAAAGAAUGACAUGGGAUGCGUUAAGAAAGAGUAUAAAUGGUUUGGUCAACAAGGUCAACGCCACAAACAUCAAAAACAUCAUCCCAGAGUUGUUUGCUGAAAAUCUGAUAAGAGGAAGAGGACUUUUUUGUCGAUCAUGCAUGAAGUCCCAAAUGGCAUCUCCUGGUUUUACAGAUGUUUUUGCAGCUCUGGUUGCUGUUGUAAACACCAAAUUCCCUGAAGUUGGAGACCUUCUGCUCAGAAGGAUUAUCUUGCAGCUUCAAAGGGCAUAUAAGAGAAAUGACAAGGUGCAAGUUGUUUGUUUCAUCUACCUGUGACUUCUUUUUUAUGAGAAUUAGUAUAUUUUUUGUAUUUAUACUGACACAAAGUGUUUUCACAGCCUCAAUUACUUGCUGCAGUCAAGUUUAUAGCUCAUUUGGUCAACCAACAAGUAGUUCAUGAGCUUAUUGCUCUUGAACUACUCACAACUCUACUAGAAAAUCCAACUGAUGAUAGCGUGGAGGUUGCUGUUGGUUUUGUUACAGAAUGUGGAUCAAUACUUCAGGAUCUAUCUCCCCGAGGUUUGCAUGGUGAGUAUUAAUAUUAUUAGUAUUUUUUUUUUCUUUAUCUUCUAAAAGUACAUUGUUCUUUUGAUUUGUCAUUGUUGACAUAUAUUGAAUUCCCUUUGUUCUAAAUUAUUCAGGUAUCUUUGAGCGAUUUCGUGGGAUUCUUCAUGAGGGAGAGAUCGACAAAAGGGUGCAGUUCUUGAUUGAAGGUCUAUUUGCAUUAAGAAAAGCCAAGUUUCAGGUUUAAAAUCUUAAAAUCUUGUCAUAUCUUAUUACUAUUGACAACUAAAAUAUAUAUAUUUAAUCUCCAAACAUGUUACGUUUGCUUUACUACACAGGGGCAUCCAGCUGUACGUCCAGAGUUGGAUCUUGUUGAGCUGGAAGAUCAGUUGACACAUGAAGUAUCUCUUCUAGAUAAAAUUGAUCCAGAGAUUGCCCUAGGUACCUAAUUUAUUUAUAAAUGAAUUUUCCAUUAUGUAGGUGUAAAGUGUAUAAAAACAGUAUUAUUUGUUGUUUGUAGAUAUUUUCAAGAUGGAUCCUGAUUUCAUUGAGAAUGAAAAGAAGUAUGAAGACCUGAAGAAAACAAUUCUUGGCGAUGAAUCUGAAGAAGAAGGUGGUGGGGAGGAUUCAGAUUCAGAUUCAGAUUCAGAUGAUGAAGAUGAAUCUUCAGAAGAAGAAGAAGAUGAAGAGCAAAUGAGAAUCAGAGAUGAAACAGAAACAAAUCUUGUCAAUCUUCGAAGAACAAUCUACCUAACAAUCAUGUCAAGUGUUGACUUUGAAGAAGCCGGUCAUAAACUCCUCAAAAUCAAACUCGAACCCGGACAGGAGGUAAGAAGAAUGGAAUCAUUCAUUCCAUUCCGAAUUCGAUACAAUUAAACUAAAAGUCUAAGUUUUGGUUGUGCACAGAUGGAGCUAUGCAUAAUGCUACUGGAAUGCUGCAGUCAAGAGAGAACAUAUCUUCGUUACUAUGGUCUUUUAGGUCAAAGGUUCUGCAUGAUCAACAAAGUCUAUCAAGAAAACUUUGAAAAAUGUUUUGUUCAGCAAUACUCCAUGAUCCACCGCCUCGAGACCAACAAACUCCGGAAUGUCGCGAAAUUCUUCGCGCAUCUCCUCGGCACUGACGCCUUGCCUUGGCAUGUCUUGGCUUACAUCCGUCUCACUGAAGAAGACACCACUUCCUCUUCUAGAAUCUUCAUCAAGAUCCUCUUCCAGGUAUUUUUACUUUUACUUUUUUCUUUUUAAUUAUUAUUAUUAUUAAAAAAAAUUACCUUUUUACCCUUUUCCUUACAGGAGCUGUCUGAGCAUCUUGGGAUUCGGCUGUUGAACGAGCGGUUGAGUGAGCCGGUGAUGCAAGAGGAUUUUGAGUCGAUUUUCCCGAGAGAUAAUCCCAAGAACACGCGUUUUUCCAUCAAUUUUUUUACUUCCAUUGGGCUUGGUGGGAUUACCGAGAAUUUGAGGGAGUAUCUCAAGAAGAUGCCGCGUCUUAUCAUGCAACAAAAGCCUGUGUCGGAAUCCGAUUCCGGUUCCGGUUCUGAUUCCGAUUCCGAUUCCGGUUCCGAUUCUAGUUCGGAGAGCGAGAGUGAGAGUGAUCAUAAGAGCAGCAAGCGCCGAAAGAAACGUUAGCAUGUUUACAUGUAUUGUUGUUUAUGUUGAGAAGAAAUUGAAUAUCUGGUUGCAUGAAAAGAUGUUAAGGACUAUUUGUUUUUGGAGGUUUGUUCUAUUUGAUUGUAAAGUUAUAUGAUUUUCAGCAAACUGGAUCUCAAUGUGUAAAAUCUGUAAUGGUUUUGUGAUUUUGUUUUUAAAGAAUUUUUUUUUUAUGGGAGAUCAAUUUUCAGAAAGCUUAAAAGAACAUGGAAAAUUUGUUGAGGUUUAUACAUGGAUCAACACAACUCACAACUUGGUGACAUGUUGAAACUAAAGUUUCUGAUGCAAUCCAUAGACAACAUUUAUGCAAUUAAUAAAUAUGGGAACAUGCAAUGUAAAAAUUAUAAGUUGUAUCAUGUCAUUUAAUUUGUGUUAUUUGUAUUAACUAAUUAUGUGGUAGCAAGUUUACUAAAAGUGCAUUGGUAUUUAUUGUCGUUUUGUUUUAACCUUCCUAUCUUCAAAGACCACAAACACAUUGUCCAUUUAUUUACUCCCUUCUUUUCAUCUAAUGCUAUUCUGUUGUUAUCCAGGUAUUCUUGAGCCUUUUCGUGGGAUUCUUCACGAGGGAGAGAUAGACAAAAGGGUUCAGUUCUUGAUUGAAGGUCUUUUUGCAUUAAGAACAUGCCAUCCAGCCAUUCAUCCAGAGUUGGAUCUUGUUGAAACUGACACAUAAAGUAUCUCUUCUAGAUAACGAUUCAAAUAUUUUCCAUGUUUUUCAAUAUAUGGCUGUAUAACACUAUCUCUUGUGCAUUGUAGAUGUUUUCAAUCUGGAUUCUAAUUUCCUGGAGAACGAAAAGUGAUAUGAAGAUUUAAAGAGAAGCAUUCUUCGCGAUGAAUCCUCAUCUGAGGAUGAAGAGCAUUCUGAUGAUGUGUCUUCAGAAGAAAAGAAUGAAGAGCAAAUGAGAAGAAAAGAAUUUGAGAGAGUAUUUGAAGAAGUCAACACAUGAUAUUCUAAUUCUGAUUCUUGUAGUGGUAGUGAGGGGAAUAAUAAUUAGGAUCUUGACACAUAAUGAUUUUGAUACCUUGUUACAUGAAGAUGUUUAUAAGUAGGAGUUGUUUUUGAGGAUUCUUCUAUUUGAUUGUAACAUUAUGAUUUUCUUCAAGCC